UUUAGACUUUUUAGGUUAUGUCACAGAUGUCAGUGAAUUUGUAGAUGUAGAUCUGCUAUCUCUGUUUUCAAGCCAGGUUUACGUAGGUGCGAGUGAAAGAGCUUGUGCAUGUUUAGAACACAAACCAAUUAAAAACAUCUGUUUAUUAGAAGGAGAGUGGCGGAAAAUUGGGCAAAUACAUUGGCAAAACAUUACAUUUUGCGACAACUAUUCACUUUAAAAAAGGACGAUGAUAUAUUCUAGAAAGUGACGAAGAAAAUGGGCUGCGUUUUUUAUGCGAAGGAGGUUGUCAAUCAAUACCAGCCUUGAAAUUGUCCAAAAUGUCCAGCCAAGAAGGUGAGAACUCCAGAAGACAUUGGCAAGGCGACGAUGAGAAACCAUUGAAAAAAGCAAAAUAUAUGUGGCAGGUAAAAGGGAAGCAGCAUUUAAAGGAGAAUGAUAACUCUGACGAUUCUAUAAUGGACAAUGGCCCUAGCACAACUAGUAAUCCAGAACCAAGCACAAGUUCAAGUCAAGACUACAUAUCAUUUGGUAACAAUGGAAACAUGCCAAACCUACCAGAAACCAGAGUCUUGGUACCUUAUUAUCAAGAUAACUUGGAUGUUCACUUUAGGAAUCUUCAGACCUCAUGGGAGGUAAGGCAAAUGGCAAGAUGUCUGCUAGACAAUACAAUCAACAGUUUUGUGGAUGACUUCAGAAGUGAACCUAUGAAUGCUGAUCAUAAUCACCCGUUUGAGGGAUUUGAUUUCGAUUCUCAUGACUAUGUAUGUGAGAAGUGCAAUAAUGAUGGGCAAGUAGAAGACGAUGCGAUACUGAUGGCGAUACAGGCACAUGGGCUGAGAGGGAAUGCAGGUGAGGAAAAUCCAGGGAUUGCAGAGUCUACACAAGAUAACAUUCAGAAUAUGCAGGCUGAACUAAAGCAGAACAAUGCUUUGCAUGGUCGAGGACAAGAGGACAUGAUCCAGGAUUCUUCAGGCUUCCUGGAUGCAGCUGUGUCAGCAGCAAUCCAGGAAAAAGGAUUAACAUAUGGAUAUUGA